AUGGCUCUUAGCUCGGGCGGUUGGGCUCCUCCAGCCCCGGCUGCUACCUCCUCACAGCAGGCUUCGUGCGGCGGGCCUGCGCCCACGGCGUGCUGUAGCACCGUCCUGAUGUCAGUCCGCGUUUCCGUGUGUCACUCCGGCAUCAGGCCGCUGUGUUUACCCGGAGCGGGCAGCGAGGCUCUGCGCCUCCAGCUGAGCAUGGACCCGAGCCGGGCCGGAGAGUUCCGACUGGCGCUGAGAGACACGAGCGGAAACCGCAGCGUGUUUAUCGCAGAGUUCGACCUGCGCUCGGUGCAGUACGAAGUCAAGUCCCCGCGGUGCCACGAGAUGCGUCUUGCUGCUCCGCCCCAUGAAUGCAUCCGCUUUAACUUCCGCUGCGACCGUGAGGCUGAGGAGUGGGCCACCGUGGUGAUGUCCUCGUUAAGAGAAGCUCACAGAGUUGCGAGUAUUAAUACGCAUGACACAGAUGGCGUACAGAACCACACGGCAGCGAUGGAUCAGUGGAGCUCUGCCUCGCUGCCGCUCACAGAGGAACUUUGCUUGGAGCUCGCCAGGGCGAUCGAAGCAGGCGACGCUCCAGCUGCUUCCCAGCAUGCGUCCGCUCUGGCUCGACAGAAAGCGGUGCUGACCAUGCGACCGUCGGAGAAAAACUACGCAGACGGAGAGAUCAGUUUAUCUGUGGUGGUGGAGGAUGUAUCCUCAUCCUGUUGUGUCACAGUGAAAGUGUUCCCCUACAUGACUGUGGCUGCUCUCAAGCAACAGGUGUUCCUCGAGUACGGCUUCCACCCUCGCGUGCAGCGCUGGGUCAUCGGUCAGUGUUUGUGCACAGAGCCUCGGUCUCUAGCGUCCUACGGGGUGCAGAAGGACGGGGAUACGGCGUACCUCUACCUGAUCUCAGCCCGACAGGCCCGCAUAACCCGCCAGCUGUUCCAGCAGGACCUGGAGAACGCCCUCCUGGCCCCACCGCUCCCUCCAGGCAACGGCCCCACCUCCCAAGACUGGAGGGGCUACAGCACCCUGCCUUCAAGGCUACCCCACAACAACCAGGGCAGCCCAGGUGGAGGAAGCGAAAGACCCAGUGAUAUCAAAGAUCUUCUUGACAUUGAUAGUCUGCAGCUGAAUGAUCACACCAACAAAGCCAGUAAAACACAGCAGACAGAGUGGGCUUGUCCCUCAUGCACUUUCAUCAACAAGCCCUCGCGACCAGGCUGUGAGAUCUGUGCCACAGCUAGACCCGACACACACAUCCAGCAGGAGAAAGGAAGGAGGGACGACCGUGGAGAGUCUGGUUUGAGCAGCAGCUGACUGCCCAUUGUCAUCGUCGCCUGGUUGCCAUUUUUCACUCAUUCACUCAUUCACUCAUUCACUCACACACACACACACACGCACGCACGCACAGAGUGAGGAUGCUAAAUCAGCCACCUACAUGUUGAAAAGAACUCACACAGACUGUCAAAUGCACUGAGAGCCCUCUGAUAGCUCCCUGCUGACGACUGAAGCGUUGGAGGCACUGUAGCACGUCUAAGAGGCUCAGAACCGCAGACAGAGAGCAUCAGCUUUGACCUUUGAUAUGGACAUAACUAUAACAUACAUCUAAAUUUGGUCGGAUCAACUUUUUAUUUAUUUUAAAGGGUGUGUGUACACGGUGCAAACAACAGAUAAAUAUUUAUUUAAGGGGAGAUGUGAUGCAAGUUGUCUGUGUUGCAGCUGAAGAUGAGGGAAUGUCGUAUUUUCAGUUUCUGCCUAAUGUGAAGUGAGAGGACAGAUGAAGCCUUGAGCAACAAACCGUUCAGUCGAAUGUUUUGUGCCAAAAUUUUAUGGAAAGGUUUAGAAAAGAGAAGGAAUGUCACGUUUACAGGGUUAUCAAGUGCUUUUAUUUUUUAUAACAUUAUGUGUAUUAUUUUUAACAAUAUGCCUUGAGUAACUGAUGUACAUUUUAGCAGGUAAUCUAUUUCCUCUGAGCUGUGACAGCAACUGAUUGAUCUGUUUUCAGAGCAUAAUACUGUAAAAACUUGCAUUAGCUCAAUAAACAUAUUAGAACUGAA